GUUCUGCGCGUGCGCAUUCAAUCCGCUUUGUUGUUCCAUUCAAUUCCAGUAUGGCUCUCAGCAAGACGUUUGGGCAAAAGCCGGUCAAAUUCCAGCUUGAAGAAGAUGGAGAUUUUUACAUGAUCGGCUCCGAGGUGGGCAACUACCUGCGCAUGUUCCGGGGGUCCCUGUACAAACGUUACCCGUCCCUAUGGAGGAAGUUGGCAUCGGUGGAGGAGCGCAAGAAGAUCGUGGAGUCGUCACACGAUCACGGCUACACUCAGCUGGCUACCAGCGUGACGCUGCUCAAAGCCAGCGAGGUCGACGAGAUCCUGGACGGCAACGAUGACAAGUACAAGGCCGUCUCCAUCAGCACGGAGCCACCCGCCUACCUCAGGGAACAGAAGGCCAAGAGGAACAGUCAGUGGGUCCCUACGUUGCCCAACAGCUCUCACCACCUCGACGCCGUACCCUGCUCCACCACCAUCAACCGAAGCCGUCUGGGCCGUGACAAGAAGCGGACUUUCCCUCUCUGCUUUGAUGACCACGACCCGGCGGUGAUCCAUGAAAACGCCACCCAGUCAGAAGUGCUGGUGCCGAUCCGUCUGGACAUGGAGAUCGAGGGACAAAAGCUGAGAGACGCUUUCACGUGGAACAUGAAUGAGAAGCUGAUGACUCCGGAGAUGUUUUCGGAGAUUCUGUGCGAUGACCUGGACCUCAACCCUUUAGCUUUUGUCCCCGCUAUCGCUUCCGCCAUCCGCCAACAGAUGGAGUCGUACCCCACCGACAGCAUCCUGGACGAGCAGACUGACCAGAGGGUGAUCAUCAAGCUCAACAUCCACGUCGGCAACAUCUCCCUGGUGGACCAGUUUGAGUGGGACAUGUCUGAGAGGGACAACUCCCCAGAAAAAUUUGCGCUUAAGCUAUGCUCAGAGCUCGGUCUGGGAGGCGAGUUCGUCACCACGAUCGCGUACAGUAUCAGGGGCCAGCUCAGCUGGCACCAAAGGACGUAUGCCUUUAGCGAAAACCCUCUGCCAACGGUGGAGAUCGCCAUCCGGAACACGGGGGAUGCCGACCAGUGGUGCCCCCUGCUGGAGACGCUGACAGAUGCAGAAAUGGAGAAGAAGAUCAGAGACCAGGACCGAAACACGAGGCGAAUGCGACGACUAGCUAACACUGCACCAGCGUGGUAGCACAACUAUAAGUUAUAUCAUCAUGACCGCCACCUACUGGAAGCACACCUGUCUGACAUGGGCCUCCCCACUCACACUUUUGACCCUUUUCAUGCACCCACAGGACCAGAACUCAGAUAAUAUAUUGGUUAUGUUGUCUUUUUAUACAUUUAAUAAUUCUUACAAAAUAAAUGAAAAAAAUUCUUUGGAUGGUUUUGUCAUUCUCGUUUCUAAACACUUCACUUGUAAUGUCCUGACCCUUUCAGUGCCAUUGACGACUAUAGGCUUCCAAUCAUGUGGCUCUUUUAAUCCUAAUGUGAUCUGAACUGGGAGUUCAGAUGGAUUGGAUGCUUAACGCUGUCAAAGGCAGCCAAUGACUUGGAGGCUUUUAACAAGGGUUUUUCAAAAGUAUUUUAUUUUUAAGUAUCAACUUAUUGGCUGCCACUGACGGCGAUAGACAUCCAAUCUAUUUUGAC